AUGUCUCUCGUGUAUUCGCCAAGUACAGCGGAAAGGAGUGAUGACAGUGACUUCAGAGGAGCUCCGGAGCUGCCGCCUGCUGCAAUGCCGCCGCUGCAAGCAUCACGCCAUGCUUUCAGCGACGGGUGCAAGGCCGCUCCAGGCACUGGACAUCACGUUAUCUGCCUGACCAGAGCCCUAUCGCAUACGGCAAAACGCGAAGAUCCUCCGUCACCGGCGGCGGUGAAAUUCCGUCCAUUCGCGUCCUGA